GCCUCUCUGGGAGCUCGAGCUUCCAGGCUCCCCGCGUCCCGCGCGGCCGCUCCUUACAACCGCGACCCCGCGGCCAGACGCCGCUCUCGGCGCCAUGGACCCGGCGCUGGCGGCCGAGAUGAGCGAGGCUGUGGCCGAGAAGAUGCUCCACUACCGGCGAGACACAGCAGGCUGGAAGAUUUGCCGGGAAGGCAAUGGAGUUUCAGUUUCCUGGAGGCCAUCUGUGGAGUUUCCAGGGAACCUGUACCGAGGAGAAGGCAUUGUAUUUGGGACACCAGAGGCGGUGUGGGACUGUGUGAAGCCGGCUGUUGGGGGCCUGCGAGUGAAGUGGGAUGAGAAUGUGAACGGUUUUGAAAUUAUCGAAAGCAUCACUGAUACCCUGUGUGUAAGCAGAACUUCCACCCCCUCGGCUGCCAUGAAGCUCAUUUCUCCCAGAGACUUUGUGGACUUGGUGCUAAUCAAGAGAUACGAGGAUGGGACCAUCAGUUCCAACGCCAGCCAUGUGGAACAUCCAUUAUGCCCCCCGAAGCCAGGCUUUGUGAGAGGAUUUAACCAUCCUUGUGGUUGCUUCUGUGAACCUCUUCCAGGGGAACCCACCAAGACCCACCUGGUCACAUUCUUCCAUACCGACCUCAGUGGUUACCUCCCCCAGAACGUGGUGGAAUCCUUCUUCCCCCGCAGUAUGACCCGCUUUUAUGCCAACCUUCAGAGAGCAGUGAAGCAAUUCCAUGACUAAUGUGAUCAGUACUUGUUGACAAAGAACCCCCGUGACUCAUCAAGGAGCUCCAGCUGUUGGGACACCAGGAAGCCUGGGAGCACCCGAAGGCCUGUGUUUACUCUUUGGACCAAGCUGACAGACUGCGCUUCUCUGAGAAUGCCAACCAGAGGCUGCAGCCCACCCUUCCUGCCUCCUGCCCCACUCAGGGUUGGCAUGUAAUGACCAUUCACGUGCUCCAAACUCUAUCUGCCCGUUGUCCAAACACGCCUGUCCUGGCAGGGUGGACCCAUUCUUCUGACCGUCUGACCAGGACUCGGCCUGGACACCAUUUGAGGUACUCUGGCCCCAAUCCUUCCUUUGCCUGUCACUCUCAGAAGCCACGUUUCCCUGACUGUCACAGAGAAUCACCAUCGCCACUGAAAACCAGGCCCUGUUGCCUUUUAAGCAUCUAUAGCUCCGCGCUCGCGCUGCAGGACUGUAUCAGAAACAUAUUUUUCUGAUAUCAACCUUGUAUACGGCUCUAAUGCUGCAAAAGAUUUUUUUUUUCCUUAAAAUGGUGUCAACUUGGCAAAUAAUGGUUUAAAAAUGGGAUAAGCAUUAAGGAAAAACA